AUGAAAAUGGAGCAGCCGCCUCUGCAAGACGCAGAAAGCCAGACUCCUUUUCCUUCCACGUUGGUCUCAUCCAAUGGGAUAAUUUGCAUUCGCACCGAGAGGGACGAGGACGAGGAUUUUGUUUUGUGGAAUCCGUCAAUUCGAAAGUUCAAAAAGAUUCCCUCCCCAACGUUUGAGCAGUCUCCAUCAUCAGAUAAACAUAUGUACCUCGGCUAUGGAUUCGGGUAUGAUUCAACAAACGAUGACUAUAAACUUUUGGGAAUUACGAAUUUUAAUAUGGCUAUGCAUCAAUAUGAAAUUUAUAGCCUAAAAUCCAACUCAUGGAGAAAGAUAAGAAACAUGCCUUGCGAGUUUCAUAUGAUUGUAAGUCGGAUCCUGUUUUCGAACGGUGCUCUAAGUUGGCUGGCACAGAACAUGUUAGAUAUAAAAAUGCAUGUUGUGACCUUUGAGCUUGCCAGUAAGAAAUAUCACUGGUUUCCCACCCCGGUUGAUGAGAAUGUGCAUACAGAGGUCUUGGGAAACUCUCUAUGUAUUUUUCGUUUGCGCACCAUAGAUGCUUGGAUUAUGAAGGAACGUGGAUCUUGGACCCUGCCUUAUUCUAUAGAGCAGGCCGCUAUGAGUUGGGUUAGUUGGUGGGAACCCGUGCUGCUCUCAAAGAAUGGUGGAAGUGUUCUUCUGAUGAAUGACUUACAAAAGUUUGCUUGGUUUGAUUUAGUGAAAAAUAGUUGGAAAGAAGUUGAAACUACAGGUCUAUACCUUCAUUUCAUAUAUACCAUUUGCAUGAGGAGUCUAUGUCUUCUUGAUGGCGACCCAAUUAUUGUUGAGAGCAGCAAGUCCCUCUCCCUCUAA